CAAACAUCAAACAUGCUGAUCUCCGAGAAUUCAGUUAUGGUGUCGUAGUUUGAGCUUUGGGUGGCCAACAAAAGCAAAAACAAAAAGGAACCUUAAACCGCAUGUUAUCCAUCUAUUUCGUUAUUGCCUUAUUAUUACACGGCACAAUCAAUUUGACUCCUACGUUUCUGUUUUUCCAUUUUUCAAAUACAAAUCAGCAAUUUUUGUCGCCAAAAGAUAGAGAAAUAAUAAUAACGUUAAUAGUAAGUUAUGGCUUCUUUGUUACUGCGUCUUCGGCAAAGAAAGGUUUCAUCUUUGGGGAUUUCUCGCCUUCUAAAUGCAGAGAAUGGGGAGCCAUUUCAGUUGCAUGCUGAGUUCAAGUUUGGAGCUUUAUUUAGUGUUCACACUCUGCCGAGACUAUACAGAAGUGACAAUGGUAAACCCAAGAUUGAUUUUACGGACUUGACCUGUCCUCAUUCAUGGUAUCCAAGUGCCCGGAAAAAGCAUCGCAAGGUUACUCUGCAUGUCGGACCCACAAAUAGUGGUAAAACACAUCAUGCCUUGAAGCGAUUAGCGUCAAGUCCUUCAGGGAUAUAUUGUGGUCCUUUGAGGUUGUUGGCGUGGGAGGUGGCAAACAAGUUGAACAAGGGACAAGUACCUUGCGACCUAAUAACAGGACAGGAAAGAGAGGAAGUUGAUGGGGCAAAGCACAAGGCUGUGACAGUUGAAAUGGCUGAUGUAACCUCCGAUUACAGCUGUGCUGUUGUUGAUGAAAUUCAGAUGGUUGGUUGUAAGACUAGGGGUUUCUCAUUUACACGUGCUCUGUUGGGAAUAUCUGCUGAUGAACUUCACCUUUGUGGAGAUCCGGCUGCUGUUCCUCUUAUUCAGGAAAUACUAAAGGUGACUGGUGAUGAUAUCAAGGUUGAAUACUAUGAGAGACUUUCACCGUUAGUUCCAUUAACAAGACCUCUUGGAUCCUUUUCUAAUAUACAGACGGGCGAUUGCAUUGUAACAUUUUCACGUCGUGAAAUAUACCGACUGAAGAAAAUAAUUGAAAGUGCAGGAAAGCAUCUGUGUUCUGUAGUUUAUGGUUCACUGCCACCAGAAACCCGAACAAGACAGGCAACAAUGUUCAAUGAUGCUAGCAGUGAAUUUGAUGUUCUUGUGGCUAGCGAUGCCAUCGGGAUGGGUCUUAACUUGAACAUCUCUAGAAUCAUAUUUUCAACAAUGAAAAAGUUUGAUGGUGUUGAGAUGCGGUACCUAACAGUACCAGAGAUUAAACAAAUAGCAGGGCGAGCUGGCAGGUAUGGAUCAAAUUAUCCAGCUGGAGAAGUGACUUGUCUAGAUGCAGAUGAUCUGUCUUUGCUUCACUCAUCACUCGAAUCCCCAUCUCCUGCUCUUGAGAGUGCUGGGUUAUUUCCUACCUUCGAUCUCAUGUUUAUGUAUUCAAGGUUACACCCAAAAAAGGGGUUGUACCAGAUACUGGAACAUUUUGUAGAGAAUGCCAAAUUAUCUCCAAAUUAUUUCAUUGCUGAUUGUGAGGAAGUAUUAAAAGUUGCUGCUGUGAUUGAUGAAAUGCCACUUUCGCUGAAUGAUAAGUACCUAUUCUGUAUCAGCCCAGUUGACAUGAAUGAUGAGAUCUCAUCUCAGGGUCUUACACAGUUUGCCGAGAACUAUGCAAAGAAAGGUAUUGUUCGACUUAAAGAAAUAUUUACCCCCGGGACGCUUCAGGUGCCAAAAACACAAACUGCACUUAAGGAACUUGAAUCUGUUCACAAGGUAUUGGAUCUCUAUGUCUGGUUGAGUUACCGUUUGGAGGAUUCAUUUCCAGACCGUGAGCUGGCAGCUUCUCAAAAAGCUAUAUGCAGCCUGUUAAUUGAGGAAUUCCUCGAAAGGCUAGGAUGGCAGAAGCCAAGAACAACCAAGUUAUCAUCACGCAAUAAAACAAGUUCUCUGUUGUCCAAAGAUAUUAGGCAGUAUCUGUAGAUUACUUCUCAUCAUGUAUCCUGCUACAAGCUUGACUUUUUGGAAAGUUGAGACACUAGUUAAAAUCAAAUUUAAUUAUUUCCUCUCGUUUAUGUUA